UGGCGCGAGUGUGCUGAGCCGCGGCCCGUGCGGGAGGAGCUGGCGGUGCCACGGAGCUGGGGCAGGAGGUGCCAGGGCAGGGCCCGGAGGCUGAGGGAGGCGCCCCGCACGGGGAGGGGCCAGGGCCGGGUGUGGUCGUGGCAGACACACUCAGGGUGUUCGUUCACCUGAACAUGGCCGCCCCGGUGCCCUCCCCACCCGGGGCCUUUGAGGCCUCUCGAAGGGAACAGUCACCUGCUCCGGUGGCUGGAGAGGCAGGGCAGGUCUGGGAGCGAGGACCCCCGGUCUCUCCCCGCAGGGAUUGGGGAGCUGGGCGUCACCUGCAGCCUAGAGCAGUAGCUCCCAGACUUGGCCACAGUUGGCACCCGGGGAGCUUCCAAAAGUGCCCCCAGGAAUUGUGCUGCAAUUAGUCCGAUUAGUCCGGAGUGUGACCUCUCAGAAUGUUUAAAAGAUUUCCCCCCCGCUCCCCACCCGGCGAUGCUGAUGUCAGACGAGCUUGGCAAACGGAGAGGGCUCUGGAGGCUGGAACGUGCCGGGGGGCUUCUCCUAGAGCCCUCACCAGCCCCCAGCCACUUCCCACGGCUGCUGGACCCAAACUGCCAGGGCUAGGCAGGAGAGGCAAGGCCUGGUCACCUGCUGUCCCAGCCAGGCUAGGGCCGGCAGUAGGGUCCCUUGGUCCCUGAGGAAGGUGCGUCUGGAAACCCUCGGGUGCCCUUCGGUGGGAAGUCCAACAAGCCUCUUGAGCAGGAAGGUGCUGGGGUGAAGGGGCGGUUUACACACUGACGAUGUGGGCUGGGACGCAGAUUGCUGGGUUUCCAGUGACAAUGAGAGAGAGGCCUUGUUGGAUUUGGGACAGCGACCACCCAGGCUCAGGCCUGAGGCCCCGAGCGCAGACUUGGAUUGGGGUGCAGGCUCUGGAGUCCCGCGAGAGGCUGCGACUUUCUAGCUGGUGACCUGGGCGGGUCCCUGCACUGCUGGGAACCCUGGUUUCCUCGUCUGUAAAGCCCUGGGACUUGUGCUUUACGUCCUGCAGGGCCCUGCCCUUGUGAGGGACCCUAGAGAGGAUGGUUUUCAAAGGAAACAGUCACGCCCGCAUCAUCAUGGCCCCACAGAAAUGGCGGUGCCGUGUCGAGGACGUUUGUCACCUGCGCUGCCAGCGUUGGUGGGUGAGGGAGGAAACGGCUGCGAACCUCCUGAAGGCUCCCCCCGGGGGGCCCAAGGGAGGGGGUGCUGCCUCCCCGAAAGAGCCCACUGGGCCAGUCUGGCCCUGCCCUUGCUGCUUAUUCGCCGUGAGUGCCAGCAAGGCCUUGCCCUCAAAGGGCCUCAGUUUCCCCAUUUUUACAGUGGGCCCGCGUGGACCCCACAGCCAGGGCUCUCAGCUCCGCCCCCUUUGGGUCCAGGCUCGGCAUCCUCUGAAGCCCUGACGUCAUCAGCCUCCCCUGGGGGAGGCAGAGGCCCUGGGGUCUCUGUCGUCUCCCCUCACAGGGCUUGGCGUGCAGGAUUCUGAGAGGACCCGAGAGUCUCUGUGGCCACUAGUCCCCCCCAGGGUCCCCACUGCAGCAGCACUUUCUGUGUCUGUGGGGUGUUUCUGUCCAAAGUCUGCAGCCAUGGCUGUCUUAUUGCCCCACGAACCACAUCCUCUCUCACCCUGACGCUGGCCCUGGCGCCCCUCCCUUCCCGCCGCCCUCCGCCCCUGUCUCUGUCCUGUCCUCUCCCCCCUGCCCGGAGCCAGGGCCGUGCCAGGGCCCCCAGCCCCGCAGCUCCCUCUGGCCUGGCCUCCCGGAUGCCCCCGGAAGCAGGCAAGGCCGGGGAGACGCCCCGGUACCGCUGAGGAAACUGAGGUCCCGUCUCCACCGCAAGCCUCGCGGGGGCUCCCCCAUCCAAGCCUCGAGAGGCAGGAACAGGGAGGAGCCGCAGAGGCCUGUGACUCAACUCACAUCCCCCCUUCAUCCCUCCCUUCCUUCCUUGUACCCUUGGCCGGGGGCGGCGACACGGAGGAAGCAACAUCAGUGGCAAGAAUAGCUAACGUGGUCUGAGUUUUUAUCGCGCGCCCCGUUCCGUGCCAAGGACUCUGCGUGCCUCCUCGCACGGCCGCCUUGCCAGAUGAGGACAGCGAGGUACCAAGAGGCUAAGUAACCUCCCAAAGUCACACAUCGGGGAACGAGUGGACUCCAACCCAGCGCCCUGGAGCCAAGGCAUUUGCUCUCACCCGAGGUCAGGCUCUGCCAUGCCCUCAAGGCGUCCCCUGAGGGAAGCUGAUGGGCCCAGAGGAAAUGACACUGCAUAUGGCAAGACCUGAGACAGAGGAGAGAGGGCUGAGGAAUGAAGCCCAGGGGCGGGGCACGGAACUCAGUCUGGCGAGGCAGCGGGAAGACUUUCCUAAGAAGGCAGCCAGAGCUGCGCGGGGUCUGGAAGGAGAAGGGGAACUCUGCAAGGGGUCUGUGCUGUGGGAACAACCUGUAAAUGAAGCUCAGGGCACAGGACGCAGCCCAGACACCUAUGAGAGCCUCUCCAUGGGGACCCUAGAGCACCCAUGAUGAACCAGGAAGCCAAGCCUUCCAGAACGUGGAUCACUUUCACCAGAUUCUCGACCAUGUUUGAAGCGUUUGUGCCACACUUUUAUUUGCACUGUACUCAUUGCAUCGUCCCGAAAGCCUUCUGAAUCAUCCGAAUAGUUUCUGUGGAGGAAUGUUCAAGCCUAAAGCAAAGUUUGAAGCAGACUCGUUGCUCUGCUCGCUCAGUUAUUUUGAAUGCCACAGCCAUGCAGUACGCACGCUCACUCCACGGCAUCUAGUGCCCCACGGACUAGGACAGUAAUAUCGUCAUUGUGCACGCAUGCGCGUCCCAGUCCAUUCUCCUCGGCUGCCAGGUUACAUCGAUGUUGUGCAAACAAUUCUCGUUAUAUUAACAAUGACUGGAUACUUUCCGGACGGACCUCGUACAUCUGUGGUUCUUUCCUAAGGCAGGUCCCCAUGGACCCCGUCGGCAUCCAGCUGGGCACCGGGAACCUGUGGAGCUGCCUUGUGAAUCUGCUCAGCAAAGACCCAAAAUGGCUGAGCGACAAGAUGAGCUUCUUCUUCCCCAACAUGGACCUGGGUUCCCAGAACGAGGUCUCAGACCCCGAACAGAGGGUCAUCCUACAACUGAGAGAAUUGCACAGCCAAGGUCUGGACACCUGGCAGUCGUUCAUCUACUGUGUGUGCAUGGAGCUAGACGUGCCCCUGGACCUGGAGGUGCCACUGCUGAGUAUUUGGGGCAGUGAAGACGGAAAGGGGUCCCCCAGCCGGCUGGGAGGCAGUGAAGAAAGCCAAACUGAAUCUCAGCUGCACCACGGCCUCAAGCGCCCUCAUCAGAGCUAUGAGUCCUCCCCUCGCCGGAAGCAGAGCAGGAAGCAGCAACUAGAGUUGGCCAAGAAGUACCUGCAGCUCCUGAGGACGUCUGCCCAGCAGCGCUAUGGUGACAGACUCUCAGGGUCAGAGCAGCCCCUUGCCUCCCACCAGCCCUACAUCCCCCCAAUCCUGCAGUGGACGCGAGCCACGGUGCCCUUGGACACUCAGCAGGGGGCCGUUAUGGGAGACAUCAAGGCAGAAGAUGGCACUGACGUGAACAUCUGGGACCUCUUCAAUCCCAGGACCAAAAAGGGCCCAAGAGUGACAGUGCUCUUGGGGACGGCCGGCAUGGGCAAGACCAUGCUGGCCCACCGGCUCUGCCAGAAGUGGGCUGAGGGCCAGCUGGAGCACUUCCAGGCCCUGUUCCUUUUUGAAUUCCGCCAGCUCAACCUGCUGACAAGCUUCCUGACGCUGCCCCAGCUCCUUUUUGAUCUGUACCUGAGCCCCGAGUCGGGCCCCGACGCUGUCUUCCAGUACCUGACGGACAACGCGGAGCGAGUCCUGCUGGUCUUUGACGGGCUGGACGAGGCCCUGCAGCCCUGCUCCGGCGGGGACACGGGGGGCCUCGAGGGCCUGGGCCCAGCCCUCUCCCUCUUCUCCGGUCUCUGCGACGGGACCCUCCUGCCCGGCUGCCGGGUGAUGGCCACCUCCCGCCCCGGGAAGCUGCCCCCCUGCCUGCCCGCGGAGGCGGCCAUGGUCCAGAUGUGGGGCUUUGACAGUCCGCGGGUGGAGGAGUACGUGAGCCACUUCUUUAGCGCCCAGCCCUCCCAGGAGGGCGCCCUGGCAGAGCUGCGGGUGAACCGACGUCUCCGGAGCAUGUGCACGGUGCCUGCCCUGUGCCGAAUUGCCUGCCUCUGCCUCCGCCGUCUGCUCCCUGCCCGUGCCCAGGGCCAGUCUGUGGCCCUCCUGCCCACCGUGACGCAGCUCUACAUGCAGAUGGUGCUGGGCCUCAGCCCCCACGGGUGCCUGCCCACCACGACCCUGCUGGGCCUGGGGGAGGUGGCCCGGAGGGGCCUGGAGACCGGGAAGGUUGUCUUCUAUGCGAGAGACAUCCCUCCUUCCGUGAUGGCCUUCGGGGCCGCCCACAGCCUGCUCUCCUCCUUCUGUGUCUACACUGGCCCCGGGCACCUGCAGACCGGCUACGCUUUCACCCACCUCAGCCUGCAGGAGUUUUUUGCCGCCCUGUACCUGAUGGGCAGCCCCGAGGUGGACAAAGACAACCUCGCCCACCACGUCACACUCAAUUCCCGCUGGGUGCUGCGGACCAAAGCCCGAGUGGGCCUCUCGGACCACCUCCCCACCUUCCUGGCGGGCCUGGCGUCCCGCGCCUGCCGCCCCUUCCUCGGCCAGCUGGCAGGGCGCGGCGAGGCCUGGGUGGGCGCCAGGCAGGCUGCUGUCGUGCAGGUGCUGCGGAAGCUGGCCACCCGCAAGCUCACGGGGCCCAAGGUCAUAGAGCUGUGCCGCUGCGUGGACGAGACGCAGGAGCCUGAGCUGGUCCGUCUCGCUGCCCAAAGCCUCCGCUAUGAACUGUCCUUCCACAACUUCCCCCUGACCCGCGCCGACCUGACCAGCCUGACCAAUGUCCUGCAGCGCAGGGAGGGCCCCAUCCACCUGGACUUCGAGGGCUGCCCCCUGGAGCCCCACUGCCCCGAGGCUCUGGUGGGCUGUGGGCAGGUAGAGCAUCUCAGCUUUAAGAGCAGGAAGUGCGGGGACGCCUUUGCAGAAGCCCUCUCCAGGAGCUUGCAAACAAUGGGGAGGCUGCAGAAGCUGGGGCUGGCAGGAAGUAAGAUCACUGCCCAAGGCAUCAGACAUCUGGUGAAAGCUUUGCCCUUCUGUCCGCAGCUGGAAGAGGUCAGUUUUCAGGACAACCAGCUCAAGGACCAGGAGGUGCUGAACGUCGCGGAAGUACUCCCGUGCUUGCCACGGCUCCGGAGGCUUGACCUGAGUGGCAACAACGUCUCUGUGUCGACCCUGCUCUGCUUGGCCAAAGUGGCGGUCUCAUGCCCUACCGUCAGGACGCUGCAGGUCAGGGAGGCGGACCUCAUCUUCCUGCUUUCCCCACGCGCAGAGACAGCUGUAGAGCUACAAAGAGCUCCAGACCUGCAGGAAAGCGACAGCCAGAGGAAAGGGGCUCAGAGCAGAAGCCUGACACUCAGGCUCCAGAAGUGUCAGCUCCAGGUCCAUGAUGCGGAAGCUCUCAUAGCCCUGCUCCUGGGAGGCCCCUGCCUGGAAGAAGUAGACCUCUCAGGGAACCAGCUGGAAGACGAAGGCUGUCGACUGAUGGCAGAGGCUGCACUCCAGCUGCGCAUCACCAGGAAGCUGGACCUCAGUGACAACGGGCUCUCGGUGGCCGGGCUACGCUGCGUGCUGAGCACACUGAGCACGUGCAGGACGCUGGCAGAGCUGCACAUCAGCCUGUUGGACAAAGCUGUGGUCCUCACGUUUGCCCAAAAGACGGAGGAGCAGGAGGGACCCCAGAAGAGCGCUGCAUUUCUUGACAGCCUCGUGUCCCAGAUGCCCUCUGAGCUGCCCCUGAGCUCCCACAGGAUCAGGCUGACACGCUGCGGCUUCCAGGCCAGGCACCUGCAGCAGCUCUGCAAGGCGCUGGAAGGAAGUUGCCACCUCGGUCAUCUCUGUCACCUCCAGCUCGACUUCUCAGGCAACGCUCUAGGGGACGAAGGUGCAGCGCUGUUGGCUCGGCUGCUCCCAGGGCUGGGCGCUCUGCAGUCCUUGGACCUCAGUGGGAACGGCUUCUCCCUGGACGCCGUGCUGGCUCUGGCCCGGUGCUUCUCUGCGCUGCAGUGGCUCUUCCACCUGGACGUCAGCCUUGACAGCCAGCGCGUCCUCCUGACAGGCGCCAGGAGAGGCAGGGACAUACGGGCUGGUGGAUUUUUGCCGGACAUCCCAGCUGGAGCCGAGUUCUCGGGGUCCGGUCAGCGCUGCGCCCCCAGGAGCUUCUGCCUCAGGGAGUGUCAGCUGGAGCCGCUGAGCCUCACCCGCCUCUGUGCGACUCUGGAGCAGUGCCCGGGGCCACUGGCAGUCCAACUGUCCUCUGCGGUCCUGAGUGACCAGAGCCUGGAGACCCUGCUGCACUGCCUGCCCCGACUCCGCCACCUGAGCCUGCUGCAGCUGAGCGAGACGGGACUGUCUGCAAAAAGCCCUUUCCUGCUGGCCGACGUCUUCAGCCUGUGCCCGUGGGUUCAAAAGCUGGAUCUCAGGUCCCUGCGUCACGCAACCCUGCACUUCACAUCUAGCCGGGAACGGGAAGGCGUGUGCUGUGGGUUCACGGGCUGCGGCCUCAGCCGGGAGCACGUGGCGUCACUGUGCCGGCUGCUGAGCAAGUGUGACGACCUCAGCCAGCUGGACCUCUCAGCAAACCUGCUGGGUGACGACGGGCUCAGGUGCCUUCUGGAAUGUCUGCCGCAGGUGCCCGUCUCUGGGUCACUUGAUCUGAGUCACAACAGCAUCUCUCAGGAAAGCGCCCUGCGCCUGGUGGAGACUCUGCCCGCCUGCCCGCGCGUCCGGGAGGCCUCGGUGAACCUGGGCUCCGAGCAGAGCUGCCGGAUUCACUUCUCCAAACAGGAGGAGGCUGGGAAGACACUGAGGCUGAGCGAGUGCAGCUUCGGGCCAGAGCACGUGCCCAGACUGGCCACCGGCCUGAGCCAGUCCCUGCAGCUGACAGAGCUCGCACUGACCCGGUGCUGCCUGGACCAGAAGCAGCUGAUGGUUCUUCUGAGCCUGCUGAGGCGACCAGCUGGGCAGCUCUGCCUCAGGGUGGAAGAGCCGUGGGUGGGCAGAGCCAGGGUGCUGGCCCUGCUAGAAGUCUGCACCCAGGCCUCGGGCAACAUCACUGAAAUAAGCAUCUCCGGGACCCAGCAGCAGCUCUGCGUCCAGCUGGGAUUUCCUCACCAGGAAGAGAACCCGGAGGCUGUAGCCCUCAGGUUGGCUCACUGUGACCUUGGGACCCACCACAGCCUUCUUGCCAGGCAGCUGACGGAGACGUGUGCCAGGCUGCGGCAGCUCAGCUUGUCCCAGGUCAGCCUCUGUGAUGACGAUGAUGCCAGCGUCCUGCUGCUGCGAAGCCUCCUGCUGUCCCUCUCUGAGCUGAAGAAAUUCCGGCUGACCUCCAGCUGUGUGAACACCAAGGGCCUCACCCACCUGGCCUCGGGUCUGAGCCGCUGCCACCACCUGGAGGAGCUGGACUUGUCUAACAAUCAGUUCUUCGAGGAGGGCACCAAGGCGCUGCUGCAGGCCCUCGAGGGGAAGCGCAGUCUGAAGACGCUCGACCUCAGUCAUCUGCCGCUGGGCGGCUCCGCCCUGGCCAUGCUCACCCAAGGACUAAGCCACAUGACCCUCCUGCAGAGGCUCCGACUGAGCAGGAACAGCAUCGGUGAUCUCGGUUGCUGCCACCUUUCUGAGGCUCUCAGAACCGCUACCAGCUUAGAGGAGCUGGGAUUGAGCCACAACCAGAUUGGAGAUGCUGGUGCCCAGCACUUAGCUGCCAUCCUGCCGGGACUGCCUGAGCUCAGGAAGAUAGACCUCUCAGCGAAUGACAUCGGCCCCGCCGGGGGAGUGCAGUUGGCGAAGUCGCUCACUCUUUGCAGGCACCUGGAGGAGCUGAUGCUUGGCCGCAAUGCCCUGGGGGAUCCCACGGCCCUGGGGCUGGCUCAGGAGCUGCCCCAGCACCUGAGGGUCCUGCACCUGCCGUCCUGCCAUCUGGGCCCGGAGGGGGCACUGAGCCUGGGCCAGGCCCUGGACGGAUGCCCACACCUGGAAGAGAUCAGCUUGGCAGAGAACAGCCUGGCCGAGGGGGUCCCACAUUUCUGCAAGGGGCUCCCGCUGCUCAGACAGAUGGACCUGGUUUCCUGUAAGAUUGACAACCAGACGGCCAAGCUCCUUGCUGCCAGCUUCCUGCUCUGCCCGGCCCUGGAAGUGAUCUUGCUGUCCUGGAACCUCCUCGGGGAUGAGGCAGCUGCUGAGCUGGCCCGGGUUCUGCCGCAGAUGGGCCGGCUGAAGAGAGUGGACCUGGAGAAGAAUCAGAUCACAGCGCGUGGAGCCUGGCUCCUGGUUGAAGGGCUGGCCCAGGGGUCUGGCAUCCAAGUCAUCCGCCUCUGGAAUAACCCCAUUCCAGCCGACGUGGCCCAGUGUCUGCGGAGCCAGGAGCCACGGCUGGACUUUGCCUUCUUUGACAAGGCCCCUCAGAAUACUUGACGGCCCCUCGAGACCUUCGGAAUCCAGCCAAGUGACGCCAACUUCACCCACCGGGACAGAGGGAUCAGGAGAGCCUCCGCUGGGUGCCCAGGAGGGAGGGGCGUGUUGGUCGUGCUGCAGUCCUCAGGGAGGACUUUUUGGGGACCGAGAGCCUGGUCUGGCCAAGGGAGUACUCCGCAUCCCAUGUGACAUGUGUGACCAGUUGGGGACACGUGGCACCAUGAGGGUGCCAUGACAAUACAUGACACGUAAGGUUAUACGCAGCAGUAUGACCUUUUGACAUAUGGCAUUACCUGAAACACGCAGUUUGGCACAUGUGGUCAAAAGCUGGGUCUCAGCACUGCAAGUGGUAGGAGGCAUGAUUGGUGAGCCAUAUAUGACACAUGACAAAUGUCCAUGUCACAUGACGUGUGGCUGGCUGGCUGACCUCAGGCUGGCUCAAGAUCUAAUUUAUUACUUUUUAAACCAAUAUGUAUUUAUAGACUGCAUCUCCGGCUUGGCUGGGCCGGGGAAAGUGUUCUGCUCCGAGCUGGGAGGGAAGAGUAGCCAAGCACUGACCGGCUAGCGGCCCGAGGGCCAGGGCCGGGGAACAACCUGGGGACUCAGCCAUAAGGUCCCCUCCUGCUUCAAGCCUCCGUUUCCCAUCUGUAAACUGGAUUAUCUGUCUCCCCCUUAAAUAAUGGCUUGCAAGGACUCUGGGCCCAGGUCUAGGUAGAUCCAGCCUGACCUUGGGAGUGACGGGCCCAGUGUAUCCUGUGUAAGGGACAAAGCCGGGUCUGACGGGGGGAGUGUGCACUGCUAAGACAGUUAGUCACAUCCACUGGAUCCAGCUACUACCUCAGCAGGGUGCACGUGAGCCCCACGAGCUCCACAUGCCAUUCAGUGUUCCUGUUACUUCCAAGGAGGACCAAGGGUGGCCCUGCUAUACUCCAAGCCUGCAGUCCCCAACCCCCAGGCCAUGGCCCAGCACCCAUCCGUGGCCUGUUAGGGAAAGGGCCGCGCAUCUCUGC